AGUAUUUACAAUGUAGCACAAAUGAGAAUCAAGAUGGCGCUAUGUUUAGGCUAAAUAAGGAAAGUAGGUUAGUCUAUUUUGAAAAUGAAAAUAUUAUUUAGUGUUUUUGACCACUUAUUUUAAGUUCGACGUCAUUUUUAAACGAGUAACAAAAAAUAAGUACAUCAUGUCACUAGUAGCUUAUGGGACAAGUGACGAAAGUGAUUCUGAAGAAAAUGAAAGUUUAAAUUUUGACGAGCCUACAGAAGAAGUUAGGCUUAGACCAGAGGUUUCAACGCAGAGUUCUUUUGAUGGUUUCGCAGGUGAAGGUGAUUUUUCCGAUAGUGCUGUAAAGACAGCUAACAAGAAAAAUUCAGGUUUAUCACCAUUGCUAGACUCACUGCCUCCCCCGAAAAUAAAAACGAGUUUUCCUCAGGAUUGUUCACCUAAUAUCAUUGUCAGUAAAACUAAAAAUAAAUUAGAUGAAACAAGUUCUAGUACUAGUAGUACAGAUGUUUCAAAUUUUGACAGCUCUGUGAAAUCAAAUAUGUUUGCUUUUUUGCCACCACCAGUAAAUUCUUUCAGUGAAAAUCCAGUUGUUAAAAAGGAUUUUUAUGACAUGGACAACACCAGUAACACGGAAAGAAGGAUAAAGAUAGGUACAAAAGCAGCCAAACAGCCAGUGAAAAUAUCAUUUCCAUCAUUGAAAGAAUGGAAAGAUGAUGAGGAAGAGCCUACAAAAAAGAAGUUUAAACAUUUUUCUUCAAAAUCUGGGUUGAUUGAUAUGUUACCUGCCCCUCGAAACAUAUCCUUGAAAGAAGCAGGUCGUAAGCUGGUGCCUCACGUUCUAACCAAAAAGCCUGAUGGAAGUGAAAAGUGUUUGUCAGCUCCUGAUGUUCAAAAACCAGUGUCAUCUUUUACUGAAGGACUUGUUGAAUAUGAUGAUGAGAAAUAUAGUGAUAAAGAGGGUAGUAACGUACCAGUUGAUUUCUUCUCUUUGGAAACAACUUCUAAAGUUCCAGAGAUAAGUACCAACGAGUUCCAGCCAUCCUCCUCAACGUAUGGAGAAGCUUCAUCACAGAUAAACAGUAAGGAAGAAAAUAAAUAUAAGAACACUAGCAGUGAUGUAUUAGAUGUUAUAAAUCAAACUCAAACAACCAGCAGUAUGGAUGCCCCUCUGAGUUUUAGCCAUAGCUGGAAUUCAGCUUACAAGACUCAUGAAUGGACACAUCAUCAUGAUUACCAGCAUGAUUAUUAUAGCAACACAGAGAGAAUGACUCCAACUGCUGAACAGAGUUUCCUCAAUGAUGAAAUGUUCUUAAGACUACAGGAUAAGAAAAAGCAUCACAAAGAAGAAAUUCAGUUUAUUGAUGUCAGUGCUGACCAGCAGUUGCCAAAUCCAAAUGAAUGGUUAACAAAAUCAAUCACUGAGGAGAAGGUUCAUCAACUUUCACGGCGUAAACAUGAUCUACCUAGCCAGCAACAGCGGAGGAAGCAUCAGAUAACUUAUCUUGCUUUCCAGGCCAAGGAACGAGAAUUGGAACUUAAAAAUCAGUGGGCUGAAAACAGGAUGACUCGACGUCAGACCCAGUCAAAAUAUGGAUUUUAAACCACCAAAGCCAAAAUGAUAGAAGGAUUUAACAUACUUGGAAGUUAUGCAAGUUAAAGUGAGUAACAGUUUAACUGAACAUCAAUAAAGAAGAAUGAAAGACCACCAAAAAAAAGUACGAUGCUUUAAUACAUAUGGAGAUCAGAGGCUGAAAUAACAAUUGGAUUUGAAUUUAGUUCAAGAAAAUGGAAAGGGGACUGAAAAAACAGCUGGAUUGAAUGUAUUGAUAAACCUAGGGGAAUGGUGAACUGUAUUUGGGUGUGUAUAUUCAUAAUUCAAAGAUAAGAAACAGUCAACUAGACUUGGUCCUUCUACAGAGUGUGAGGAAUGAACACCUAAUGUACUUGUAUGUUGACAAUUGUCAAUAAAAUAUCAAUGUGAGUUAGAUAUA